GUUCACAAGCCAAGAAUAAUCUAUACUGCCGCGGGGUGUUAGUUCUCAUACCGAGUCAUAAACUCCUGAAACUGACUUCCAGAAGAAGUGGUAUCACAUCCCUCAAUUUACUCAUUGAAGAAGAGUUUGAACAAGCCAGGGAAAUCACUAGAAAAGUAUUUACAUAGGCUCAAGUCCCUCUAUCCUCAACCAAAAAAUCUGAAUAUGCCUAUUAUAAGGUUAUUGAAUGUUGAUUGACACAAGACUGAGCCCGUCAUUCAAAUAUUGCAUAACUUUCGAAUCAUAGUCGUAAACGGUCGUACUAUGCAGGUCACACGGAAAAGUAUUAAUUUCGCCUUAAACAUAACCUCCAAAAAUGUGUUCCGUCAGUUCUCGGUUACACCAGUAGCUUCUGCAAGUCUAAAGGACAUAAUGGCAGAUUUAAUUCCUAAGGAACAAGCGAAAGUAGCCGCUUUCAGAAAAGAGUAUGGAUCCACAAAAGUUGGCGAUGUCACUGUUGAUAUGAUGUACGGUGGUAUGAGAGGUAUCAAAGGCUUGGUCACGGAGACUUCCGUAUUGGACAUCAAUGAAGGCAUUCGUUUUCGUGGCCUUUCAAUCCCAGACUGCCAGAAGCAGCUCCCCAAAGCUCCAGGAGGACAAGAACCACUUCCUGAAGGCAUUUUCUUUCUUUUGCUCACAGGACAAGUACCAACCAAAGCCCAAGUGGAUGGUAUUUCAAAGGAAUUAGCUAAUCGGGCCGAUCUACCAUCUCACGUUCUUAAUAUGCUCAACAACUUCCCAUCCUCACUACAUCCUAUGAGCCAAUUAGUUGCUGCCUGUGCAGCUCUCAAUUCAGAAUCAAAAUUUGCCCGGGCGUAUUCCCAGGGAAUAAAAAAGAGUGUAUAUUGGGAGUACGUUUAUGAAGAUUCUAUGGAUUUGAUUGCCAAACUUCCUACUGUGGCUGCAAUUAUUUACCGGAAUUUAUAUCGGGACGGGACAUCUGUUACUGCGAUAGACCCAAAUACAGAUUGGUCACAUAACUUCUGUCGUAUGCUCGGUUAUGAAGACCCUGGUUUCACCGAAAUGAUGCGUCUUUAUCUCACUUUCCACUGUGAUCACGAGGGUGGUAAUGUCAGCGCACAUACUUGCCAUUUAGUAGGUAGUGCGCUUUCUGACCCAUAUUUGAGCUUCUCGGCAUCUAUGUGUGGCUUGGCUGGGCCUUUGCAUGGAUUGGCCAAUCAAGAGGUAUUGGUUUUCUUAAACAAAAUGCAAGAGAAAGUUGGUAAGAAUCCAACAGAUGAUCAGGUCAAGCAAUAUGUGAUGGAUACACUGAACGCUGGUCAGGUUAUUCCGGGUUAUGGACAUGCUGUACUUCGAAGAACCGACCCGAGGUUUACUUGUGCACAGGAAUUCUGUGAAAGACAUUUUCCAAAUGAUUCACUCUACAAAUUGGUCGCUCAGUUGUAUAAAGUUGUGCCUCCAAUUUUGACAAGUCUUGGCAAGGUUCAAAAUCCAUGGCCAAAUGUUGAUGCACACAGUGGUGUUCUACUUCAACAUUAUGGUCUCACUGAAAUGCAGUACUAUACAGUUUUGUUUGGUGUAUCUCGAGCACUCGGCGUAUUGGCAUCGCUUGUUUGGGAUCGUGCAUUCGGUUUGCCUAUUGAACGACCAAAAUCCUUGUCUACAGAUGCUUUGAUAAAACUUGUAAAAGACAGUGCACGCAAGCAAGCUUAAUCUGCAGAAAAAGAAAUACCACUUAGAAUCAAUCUUGACGGCCAUUGUUAGUGUUGAUGUGAACAUUUUGGAAAACCUUCAAUUCACAUCCUUCAUUUCCACUCUUAAUCGCUAUCCAUUUGACUAAAAGAAAACCAAGAUGUUUAUAACAUAUAAUCAUUGUAGAGCUAGUUGUGAAUUUAACAUUAGUUGUUAAUAUUAUCAUCUACCCUCUAUUAUUAUUAUUAUUAUUAUUACGGUCGUGUUUUUUUACAUUUACUAGUUC